AUGGUCCGCUGCGCCAUGAACUUCGGGCUGCCCCAAGAUGUGGAUGUGAUUCCGCUCAUACCACUGGACAUUCGCGAGAACGAGUGGGGAGAUGCUUUCAAGGGCGCAGCACAGAACGACCUCGGCGAGCUGGAUCUGGACCUCGCAUUUCGGGACGAGCUGGCGCCUCCCAUCCUCGAGUAUGCUGGGUGCAUGCGAAAGAAGGAGCUCAAUGGACUCUACCAAAGACACGUUGGCAGGAAGGACCUCCUUGGCCACCUCCGGCCCAUCUACGAGAAGCGGCUGGGUAUUGCCCGGCGGUUCUGCGUUUACUUCUGGGAUCCAUCGCUGACGAAGGACGAGCAGGCAGGAGCCUGGGAGAAAGGUUGGUACUUGGGAUCGGAAAUCGGUGGAGGGGGCCACACUUUCGCUCGGUGCGUCGUGAAAAGCCCUCCAGGCGAGGAGGACGAUAAUCUCCCUCCUGAGGAUGGUUGGGAGACCGCCGAUCCUGGUGGAUACUCCUGGACGAAGGAUGCCUCUGGCUUCUACAGUCCUUCGGCGCGCUCCACGCGCAUGAGAGCUUUGGAUAUGUCUGAGAGCGAGUCCAAGGAGGCCCUGGAUCGCGUGAAGCUGGAGUCCCUCCGGGGCGCUGUGGUGGGGCAGGAUCCAGAGGUGUCCAAGCACUUCUGUCAUUUCUUCAUCCUUUUGGCUUUGGAACUCAUGGCGGAGGUGCAAAACUUCCGGUCGCGCUGGCACUUCCGGACCCUCCAAGAGUUGGUCAAAUUUGGCUUGGCCCUGGAUAGCAGGCGUGUGGAAUGGCGCUCUGGUGCGCGGGAUGAUCGGGGGCAGCCACCUUUGCCGGGCUGGCCGACGGCGGGUCAGGAAGAGGUGCACUUUUCUUUGGGGCCACACGCGACCGAGGAGCGCAGCCAGUUCAAGGCUGGCGAGCAAGUGCUCAUUUCUCGUGGGGAUCCACUGAAGAAUCGUGUUUGCGAAGGAAGCGUCCGGGAAGUGGACUUCAUAGGUCGGGUGAUGAUCGUGUCCGUGAAUGGGAAGAUGCCGGAAGAUCCCUGGAUGGUCCGGAGAUACCGCAUUGACAAGUAUGCCAACCGAACCACCUACGAAAGACAAGUGAAUGCUCUCAUGCAGUUCAUCAUGAUGGAUCGGACGAAGGUUUGUGACAUGCUCGUGGCUGCUGGCGUUGGGAGGCUUGACGAGGCCGUGGUCGAAGAAGCCGCGAUCAUGAAGAGGAAGAUGGAAAGGAAAGGAAUGGGAAAAGGUUACAAAGGGAAGCGGCAGACGGAGCUUGCCAAGCAAGACCAGGAGACGAAGGACAAGACCCGAUCAUCUGCCCUGCUGAACUGGGAUGCAGAGGACUUCUUCGACGACGAGCCCGACCAGGUGACGGAGGCGCCUCAAGAGGAGGUCCUUGCCGAGCCAGAAGAGACUGUAGAGGAGAAGGAGUGCAGAGAGCGGACAGUGGCUCUGGCGCACGAGGAGGCACCCGGAGUCGAUCCAGAUGCGCUGGAGCUGGCGAAGAGCCAGGCCAUGUCCUUGCCGAACACCUCUGCAGCACAGAAGGAGGCCAUCAUCAACUCCAUGUCAAAGCGCCUGACCAUCGUCCAGGGACCCCCAGGCACCGGCAAGACGCACACGAGCACCUUGGAAAGCUCAGAGUUUUGCCUGUGCUUGGCCCGAUAG